AAAAAGUAACGGUGAAGAAAGAAAGACGCGUAAGUAGCGAAGAGAAAUCUCACAGCAGAGCAAAGCAGAGUGAUGAGUUGAUUCCCCAAAUCUGAAAUGGUUCGAGCGUCGGUGAAGGUUGGUUCGGCCAAGUUUGUCGUCAUUUGCGUUGGCCUCUUAGGUUUCGCUCUUGUUGCUGAUUUUCUCUGGGCUUCUUCCUCUUCUUCUUCUUCUUCUUCCGUUUGGACCUCUAAACCCUCAAAGAUUGUUCUUCCCAACGUGAAGAAAGACGAUGCUGUUUCUGGAAGAUUCCUUUCAGCAGCAUAUGCCGAUUUGCCCGCUCCGCACCUCCACUGGCAGAAGAUGUCACCCGCACCUGUUCCUCGUCUCGAUGGAGCUGCCAUUCAGAUUCGGAAUCUUCUCUUUGUCUUCGCUGGAUACGGCACCAUUGAUUAUGUUCAUUCACACGUUGAUGUGUAUAAUUUCACUGAUAAUAGUUGGGGAGGAAGAUUUGACAUGCCUAAAGAGAUGGCACAUUCGCAUUUGGGAAUGGUAACCGAUGGAAGAUACAUUUACGUAGUCACUGGACAGUAUGGCCCACAAUGCAGAGGUCCAACUGCUCAUACAUUUGUUCUUGACACUCAGACAAAGCAAUGGAAGGAUCUCCCUCCUUUGCCUGUUCCUAGAUAUGCACCAGCAACUCAACUUUGGAGGGGUAGGCUGCAUGUGAUGGGUGGCAGUAAGGAGAAUCGACAUACACCUGGAUUAGAACACUGGAGUCUUGCCGUUAAGGAUGGAAAAGCAUUAGAAAAGGAGUGGAGGACUGAGAUACCCAUUCCCCGUGGAGGACCUCACAGGGCUUGUGUUGUGGUUGAUGACCGUCUUUAUGUUAUUGGGGGUCAAGAAGGUGAUUUUAUGGCCAAACCGGGGUCACCUAUUUUUAAGUGCUCACGUAGGCAAGAGGUGGUCUAUACUGAUGUUUACAUGUUGGAUGAUGAGAUGAAGUGGAAAGUGCUACCUCCAAUGCCAAAACCAAACUCACAUAUCGAAUUUGCUUGGGUACUUGUAAACAACUCCAUUGUCAUAGUUGGAGGGACAACAGAGAAGCACCCUGUUACCAAGAAAAUGGUUUUAAAUGGAGAAGUAGUCCAAUUUAACUUGAACACUUUGAAGUGGUCGGUGAUUGGAAAAUUACCAUACCGGGUAAAAACCACGCUAGUUGGAUAUUGGAAUGGAUGGUUGUACUUCACUUCAGGACAGCGAGACAAAGGACCCGAUGAUCCAUCGCCGAAAAAGGUCAUUGGAGAUAUGUGGAGAACAAAAUUAAAACUGGAUGAGUGAGCAAUUGCUGUGGAAUCUUCUAGCAGCGUCCUUCUCCGAAAGCAGAGGUGAAGAGGCCAAAAUUACAUAUUCUUUGCCACUACAAUAUUCGUUGUUGUAAUUCACUGAGAAUGUCUGUGCUUCGAUUCACAACAUUAAUAGUUGUCCCCGACCUUUUCCAAAUUUUUUACCAAUCGGCUUUUGUAAUUUUUUUCUCAUAUUUUUUGUUUUUAGGUUCUUCUGUUCAAGUAAAUAUUAACAGGUGAACUCUGUCUAUGUUAAUUGUGAUUCUUAUAGGCUUAUUAAUAUAACCAAUGUUUGUAGUAAUAAGUUCAGUUUUCUUU